CCACGGGGCCGGGCCUCGCACUGGGGCCCUUACGGCGACCAGGGACAAGAGCGAAAAUCCGCGACUCCGGGCGGCACUUGGCGGGCCGUGCACCGCCUGGCAAAGUGGUGUUUGGCACUGUGGGUGAGACAGGCGCCCGGCGCUGCGGGACGGCGCGAGGCACGCCCGUGUGGCCGGGUGGCGGAAGGAUGGUUUUGGUGGCUAGCAGGUGGGGGGAUGUGCCCCCGGUGCGCGCGGCGGCGCCGGGAGUGAGUGUAACUAUUAGUAGUGUGGUUCUCGCCAGCAGCACACUCUCGUGCCCGCCUCCACCGCGAACACUAGCGCCCCGCAGCCCAGCGCCACACACGUCUCCAUCUGCACCUCACGCUAAUAAAUAUCCCUCUAUGCCAGAACCCACUGCUGACACGCCAGGCCUGCUGGGCCCCGCGCUCCCACCGCCAUGCCAUAGCCCUCAACACAAACACUUAAUUAAAUAGCUGACGGAAGUUAGUCUGUUCCCUUGCUUGGACUUAGUCUCAGAGCCUCGUGUGGGCCGACCCGACUCUGACCCGACACUGGUCCGCCGCAGGGCAGGCUGACCACCUCCUGCAGCAGGGCACGGGCGGCCGCCGCGAGCGAGGCUCGGCUGUGUCCCGGUAGUCACCAUUCCUCGACCAGCCUCCGCCUCCCGCGGCGCCUCACAGUCUCAGUGUUGGAGUGCACGUGCCCGGGGCUGUGGCACCGUCAAGUCCCGGUGGCUGCGGCCCACACGCUGGCCCCCGCCCUGCCCCAGGCGGCUCCCUGUGCUGCUGUGACCCCGUGGCCCUGCACCGUAGUGGCCACGCCAGGAAACUGUUAGAAAGCAAGCCUGUCCCUCCCCAGACUGUGACUGUGACAGAGUGACGCGGCAGAGUGCAGGGUGGAGUGAGCAGCACCACCGGCCAGUGUGUUGCCGCCAAGCGCCCGUAUGGCCACACCACGUGAUGGGCACGACACCCACGGAUACACUGGCCUCGGCCCCGCCCAGCCGCCCCUAGCCAUCCUGCCGCCUCCACCCUAACCGACCCAAAGGUGUUUACUAUGUCUGAACAGGAGAACAGCAGAAGUCCCCCAAGCACACCCCUGCCUGCUGGAGCACCUGCUGGAGCAUCUGCUGGGCCACCUGGGCAGGAGCAGGAGCCUCACUUGGACCCCUGUGACGCUGGCAGGAGCAGCAGUGCCAGCGGAGACACGAGCAUGGGCAACAAUGUCUUUUCUGCCUCCGAGAAGAGCAGUGACGAGGCAGAUGGUGCCAAGGAAGGCAACGAAGAGGAUUCUGGGAGUAAAGGAGCUUCAGAUAACCCGGCAAAGGACAGGGCAUGUGAGGAGACCAACGAGAGGCUUCCGUGUCCCCAGGAGGUCGCGUUGCUGGACCUGAAGGAGAGAGAAGUGCCUAGGGACAGUGCUGAGUCGAGUGCUGAAGCAGGGGAGGGGUCUGGUGACAAGGGUGCUGAGGGAGAGGGUAAGAGGGACACGGAUGAAGAGUGGAGUGGUGAAGUGAGGGAAGGGCAAGGGAGUGGUAGUCCGGUGGGUGACUCUGGGUACUGUGCCAAUAAUUCAGAUGACUCGAGGGAGAAGGAGGCCGAGGGGGAGGAAAGUGAACUAGGCAAUGGCUGUGAGGGGAAGGAAGACACUAAUGAUGGUAGCAGUGAUGUGAAAGACUCUCCAGAUUGUAACAGUGGCGAGAAAAACACUCCCAGUUGUAACGGUGAUGAGAAAGACACCCCAGAUUGUAACAGUGACGACAAGGACACCGCAGAUUGUACCAGCGAUGCAAAGGACGUGAGUAACCCGAGCACAGCGGAAGACGGUGCCGAGACACCCAACAAUAACGAAGCAGACAAACCAGGCAGCACUGAAAUUAUCCCAGAAUCCACCGCAGAUCAAGAUGGAGUGACUCUGCAUAGUAUAAGAGACGAGAAGCCACUGCCACCACCCCUCAACACCGCACUCCUGCCUCUGUCGGCCUCGUGUGGCAUCCCGGAGGUGGGACAAAACGGCACCAGUGACCUACAGGCCCCGGCGAUGGACCAUGUUACCCGGGACACAGACUCCGAAGCGGGGGACUCCGUGUGCAGCGAGGACGGGGACCAGGAGGUGUGUCGGGGGGGAGGUGAUUGUCCACACCAGGAGGCGGAGGAGGGAUGGGAGUACGUGGUGGAUGAGGAGUUUAACGUUCCCCGCCGACCUGUGUUCAAUGGAGCGGCAGACCACCUGGAGAGGAGGAGCAGCCUGAAGAGGAGAGCCAGUGAGGAUUCUGAGGACUCCAAACCCGCCAAGUGCAGGCGUGGCAUUCAGUUCGAGGGUGUGACGGUGUUCUACUUCCCGAGGUCCCAAGGCUUCACGUGCGUGCCGUCGCAGGGCGGCUCCUCGCUGGGCAUGUCGCGCCGCCACUCACACAUCCGGCAGUUCUCUCUGGCUGAGCAUGCCGUGGAGCAGCGCAGGGCACACCGCGAGCACCUCCUGAGGCUCCGGCAGCAGCGCUCCGCCAGGGAGCAUGGGGAGAGCAGUAGCCGUGGCAGCAGCUCAGAGGACAGUGAGGAGAACAGUGAGGAGGCCAGUGACCUCUCGGACUCAGAGUUGGAUGCAGACUCCUACUACUUCUUGCAGCCACUGCCCAUCCGGCAACGCCGGGCACUGCUGCGCCAGGCCGGCAUCUGCCACAUUGAGGGCGUGGAGAAGGAGGAGUGCAAGGACAUCAGGAUCUCCCGGGAGAUGUGUGGGUGUCAGUGCAAGGUGUACUGUGACCCGGACACCUGCCAGUGCUGCCAGGCGGGCAUCAAGUGUCAGGUGGAUCGCCACAACUUCCCUUGUGGGUGUUCCCGUGAGGGGUGUGGCAACACGUAUGGCCGGAUAGAGUUCAAUCCCAUCCGUGUGCGGACACACUUCAUCCACACGCUGAUGAGGCUGGAGAUAGAGAAGCGGCAGUCCCAGCAGCAGCAGCAACAACAGCAGCAGCAGCAGCAGCAGCAGCAACAGCAGCAGCAGCAGCAACAGCAGCAGCACACCCAGCAGGAGCACCAUCAGCAGCAACAACAGCAGCAGGAGUGGCAGCAACAACAGCAACACCAGCAGCAGCAGCAGCAGCAGCGGGCCAAGUGGCUCGCCUCAUCCUCUGUGCCCACCAACGGCUUCAAUGGUGGUGGCGGCGGCGGGCUGGGCAGCGGCAACCUUCCCUUCUUCGAGGGCGGCAGGGAGGCGGCAGCGGCGGGGUCGCUGGCCGUCACCGACGUCUCCAAGUUCAACUCUUCUGUUGAGAUGUCGUCGUGUGUGGGAGCGAUGAGCACGCCUCUCUAUCCACACUUUGAGUCCCGUCAGAUGCUGAGUCCAGCCGCCCCUGCCUCAGUGUACAUCCAGCAUGACACUGUAGGGGACUACAACUCUGGGACAUGCUCUGUCUUUGCUGGACUGGGUUCUCCCUUUGACCCAUCAGCCCCAUAUGGGUCGUGCCACAAUUUCCCCUCCUCUAGUGUGGUGGCCCCUCAGGUGGUGGCCCCACAGGUAGUGGCCCCCCAGGUGGUGGCCCCACAGGUGCAGCCUCAAGUUCCCCCCCCACAGGGCACUCCUGAUGCUUACAACUCCCUCUCCAAGUUCACCAACUCCUCUAGCCUCGUGUCCACCUCCUUCCCCUACUCUGGUGCUGUUCCUCCCCCUGCUGUCCCUUCUGCCCCUGUCAGCUGCUCCUACACCCAGAACACCUUCUGCAUGGCCGGGGUGCACGACGGGGCGGCCCCAGCAGCCGUGUUUGGCCAAUACCCUGACCCUGGCGCCUCGGCCCAGAGCCUGUUCAAGGGUGGUGUGAGUGACUGUGCUGACUUCCAGCCCACCUUUGAGGCUGUCUCAUCCCCAUCUCCUGCCUCUGCAGACAAGUCCACCAGGUACCUGGUCGCUCCAUCCAUACCGAUGCCAGGCAAGCCGUGCGCCGAGUAUCCUGUGCAGGCUGCCGCUGCUGCCACCGCUGACUGUUCUACCAGAGUGGAGGAUGGCUACGAGAUGGACGUGCCUGCCUCCCCCACGGCCCUGGCCGCUGAGGACAUUGGCCGGCCAGAGUCUUGCCUACCGGCCCACACCGCGGCCAGCACGGCCCACCGGGGCUUUGACGCCAGCCUGCUGAGUUCCUCCAGUGCAGACUCGGGGAUCGCGGCAGGUGGUGAGGAGCCCAGCGAAGCGGCCGAGAACUUGGGCGAAAUAGUCAAGAAGUCCAUGGUGGAGACGGUGUCGGCCUAGUGCAGCACCCCAGGCUUCUCUCAGUGAGAUAAACACGCCCACACUAGGCCGGGCCAGCGAGGCCCCUAGGGUGGUCAGCUGGCCCGGCGACGGCCCUGUGCCAGCCCCGGUGAGGCACACAACUAACCCGGCGCAGACCCUCCCAGUGCUGCAAGGGAGAGAGCAGGAAGGGAGCUAUGUGGUGGAGAGACUUGUAGUGUGUGUGACUGGUCUCUGUGAAGGUGAUGGACAGGGAAGGUGCAUAAUAAGGCUGGGCAAUGGUGGGUCUUGUACAAGUAUGUAUUUAUAGACCUCUUUUUUAUUACUUUUUUACGUUAAUGUAAACACUGGCUUUUGUAGGUCCAGCGCACCAGCUUUAACCUGCUAUUUAUUCAGGGGCCAAUAGCAUCCCAGAUACCGAGCAUCAACAAUGUUAUUUUUUAUUUACCAAGGGCUGCUGUCUGCGAGUGCCAGUGUGAAGAAUGGCGUGGGAAAAUUAGUUUCCACUUUCCAGUGAGUUUUGCUGAUUUUGGUGAUUCUUAGGAUUAAGGACAAAGCAUAUCCCGUGAUUCCCACUCAACCAAAUCCAUAAAAUUUGCUCAAUCUGGAAUACAACCACAGGGUCACAAACUUGGUAAUAUUUUGGCACCACUCUAGGCACCAACAUGUAGACGUCAAGACACCAGCAGCAGCAGCAGCAGUGCCAGGCGGCAUCACACGUCUCGGCAGCAUUUAAACCCUGGCAGGGGCGGCUGGGACUCCCCGCCUGCGUGCCCUGCUGUGCUGACACCCCAGGUGGGCCACCCUACCUCCCAGCUCUGCCCUGCAUCGCCCUCUUCACCCUGCAGCGAGGAUGUCACCCCUCCCUCCCCAAACUUAAGUAGAUGAGACAGCUGCCGCUUGAAUCCUGUACAAAACCUUGCUUCAUGCCCUGCUGCUUGGCCCGUCUGGCCCCACAGCAGGCAGGCCCUCAGCCUGCCUCCCUGACCACGCACCAGGCGUUCAGGGCUGUGAGGGGGCCGCCAGCCAGGGCCCGGUGACAACCAACACAAAACUGUUUAUAUAUAUAUAUACCGUAAAGGCAUUCGGUGUAUUGUGUAUAUUAAGCUCUUCUCAGAAAGUGCAAUUUUUUAUGUGAAAUGAUUUUUAAAAUAUAUUGUUUAAUAUU